GGUACUUAGAGAAAGGGGGGCACCUUCCUGCUUCGCUCCUCCCACUUAGCCCCAGAGAGACUCUUCCCUCCUUAGACACAAAUAGUCCCCCCUCCCCCCGUAGCUCUUAGUCCUUGAGAGAAAGGGGGACCACCGUAGGUGUUUGCAAGAGGUGUCCCAUUCCGUCUUGGUUCCUGGCCAGGUCGGUUGUCAUGGCAACCCUUUCCAACCUGGCGCCCCCACCCAUUCUCCAAUCGCUCCUCCUCUCCCCCUUUGUGUCUUGUGGAGCCCCAAACCGAUCCUGUCUUGGUACCAGGAAGAGGUUGCUAAGCACAACAGCUGGACUGGGCUGUCACUGCCCUCCUGGAGCUCCCCCAGGCUGCCACCUAGGAGGACGCCAGAGCCCCGGCUGCCGGCCCCAUGCGGCUCCCGCGCUACUGGGCUGUGAUGGCCGCCGCCAUCACCCUGAACCUCCUGGUCUUCUUCUACGUCUCCUGGCUGCAGCACCAGCCCCGGAACCCCCGGGCCCGGGGCCCCCGCCGCGCAGCCGCCGCCGGCCCCCGGGUCACCGCUCGCUGCUGGGCGCCGCGCGCCACGGCGACAUCAUCCCCUGGGACUACGACGUGGACCUGGGCAUCUACCUGGAGGACGUGGGCAACUGCGAGCAGCUGCGCGGCGCCGAGGCGGGCUCGGUGGUGGACGAGCGCGGCUUCGUGUGGGAGAAGGCGGUGGAGGGCGACUUCUUCCGCGUGCAGUACAGCGAGAGCAACCACCUGCACGUGGACCUGUGGCCCUUCUACCCGCGCCACGGCGUCAUGACCAAGGACACCUGGCUGGACCACCGGCAGGACGUCGAGUUCCCCGAGCACUUCCUGCAGCCGCUCGUGCCGCUGCCCUUCGCCGGCUUCGUGGCGCAGGCCCCCAACAACUACCGUCGCUUCCUGGAGCUCAAGUUCGGGCCCGGCGUCAUCGAGAACCCCGAGUACCCCAAUCCCGCGCUCCUGAGUCUGGCCGGUGGCUGAAGCCGCCCCUGGAGGGGGGGUCCGUGCCGACGGGGAAAAAUGGGAUGCAUCAAGCGCUGAGGGCCCUGGGCGGGCAGAACCGGCCGCUCUUGGGUCCCGGUGCAGUCCUCCGACUUCCGAUCCCGGGUUAGGGGGUCCUGCGGCGGUAGCCCUUUGCCUCAGUUCCCCCCCCCCCCCCGGGUUCUCGGCGCUCCUGCUUGUGAGACCCGCCCACUAGAGGGCGCCGUGGCCUGAUGGACCCCUCACUCAAGUGAUCGCUGCUACUCUGACCCUUCCCCCCCCCCCUUUUCAGGGACUGAGGCCACAGUGGCCAAUUCCCUCGCCCCAGCUCCUCACGUUCCUAUCCAGCUGGCAGGUGGGGGGAUGAAGGCAGGACUGCAGGCUCCAGAGCCCGUACUUCCUCUCUAUAGCCACCUCCAUAAAUGGUACACAGGGGAGGGGGACUUUGGGGAACCCCCAUGUGUCUUGAUCAAGCAUCUAAGAGUGAGCUCCCAACAUAUCACGUCUGUAUUUAUUUCUAAAUUAUGUGCAAGUGUUAAUACAGUCUGUAUGUUACUAAUAAGGCUUAAAAUAAUUCCACUUUAAAAUUAAAAAUGUAGCUGGGUGA